GAGCUCUGUGAGACUGUGGCAUGGAGGCUGAGACACCGAAGACACGAAUAUAAGUGGUUGCUCACGGAACAGAUCCUGCUGAUGCUCUCCAGCCGAAAGAUGCUGCUGUAACCGACAGAUCUGCAGGAAACAGGGCAUCUGAGCAUCCAGACACAGGCACAGAUGAUGGAUCAGAAGGUGGUCUGGAUUCCAAAACAUUAUUUCUGGUCUAAACCACACUCACAUUUAAAUCUGAAUACAGAUACUCAGAUUUAAAAAAAAAAAAAAAAACCUUGCUUUAAGCAAUUCACCUCGAGUCAAAUAUACAAUCCACAAGAAUUGCUUUGUUUCCUUCCAGUAAAAAGUACUAAAACCGUAGGAAAGGAAAAAGAGGCCCAAGUUUGAAUUGAUCCGAACACAGCUUUAAAUCAAAGCCUGCGGAGUGCAACACACACACUAAUGAAUUACAAGCACUCACAAACGCACAGACUGUCACAAUAUUUGUUCAGGUGUGCCAACAGUCACAGAUGAUAAGGGUUUAGGCGCUAUAGCACUAGUUUUGCCACUACUUCUACAUUCCGGAAAACACUCGAAAUCACGAAAGAUAAAACUCAACAGGGUGCUCUUUCGGUGUUGUUUUAUCUCUAACCGCUUUGCUAAAGCCGUCAUUUGAGAGAAAGAGGAAAAAAAAUCUCGAAAACAAAAGGCAAAGCUCAGUUUUAGACGUGAGCACAAAGCCACUCUUUCACAGUAAUGACAACAAUUUACUAACUUAAACUCUGAAACUAAAUAGACUUUGCAUAUCGCACGUUGCAUGACGGGAACUGCAUUGUGCUGCCUGUGUGUGCAGGACAGAGGUCCUCGGGUUUUUGCAUCUGAAACGGGGGGUAAUACAUCAAAGAUCUCGCACAAUGGCAUCGUAUGCGCCUCGUUUGUGCUCCCCUGGCUCCAGUUCGAGGGCUGUGAAUGCUCGCAGACAGCUUGAGCUGGCAUUCAAGCGGCCGCCGAGGGCAUUCGGGAUGUGCACCAUGACCAUCAUGGGUCAGCAGCACGGCUGAAAGGGACAAUCUGCUCUGCUUAGCAAACACACCAGCGCCAUUUUAAAAGGCUGUGGAAUUUAGGCUGGCUGGCUGCUAUUUUUAAACUUUAGGUUUGACAUCUUUUAUGGUGUUGGAACAGUAUAAAAACUUCUAAAUCUUUUAAAACAUCUAUAUAAAUAUCUGUUGCUACACCAAGGACAGUAAGAUCCGUUUCCUAUUCAUCCUUCCCUUCUUUUUUUAUCGGUUUAUAGCAAACCCUUUAUUUAAGAAACAUGAGAUCAGACGCAAAGGCCAGCUGAAUACAUGACUAAUGUAUAUAUAAGUGACACCAAGUCUUCAUUCACAUAAACAGGAAAAAAUCUAGAAUAGAUUCCUGAUCCCCCCCCCUUAACCAACACCCUACAAUCACGAAUUCCCUCAUCCGGAAUAAAUGAACAGAAAAUGUAAUGUUGUAAACUCUUUAAGAAAAAAGGAGGACAUUGGGUCACUUCCUUCCUCAGCUUCCAGCUUCCUUUCGACAUGAAACGGGACCCGAAGCAAACACGAGCCUCCCACGCACGCGUCGCAGGAAGACGAUUCAGAGCGAGCACCUGAGCUGCAACAUGUGCGUCUCUGCGACAACCCGGCAUUCUUCAUCGGCACUUCCAGCAAAACAUUUUUUCCAAUUGGAAUCAUUUCCAAUUGCGUUGUGUGUUAGUAUAAACCCUUGCUUUGAAAUAAGCUGAAAAAUAUCACAUGAGCAUGUCAUACACAAGUACAAAAAGUUCUCAAACGUUCUGACGUGGAUCGAGUGGAUCACAGAAAAACACACAAAAGAUCUGACGUGGAUUACAGAAAAAAUGUUCUCUCAGGUGUUGACGUGGAAAUGACGAUUAAAAAGCCACAGGCGAACAUCACUGAUGUCUGUUCUGAAGAGACCCCCACGAGGUUAAGGACAAAACAUCCUCUGAGCGGAACGAUUUCCUCACCACGGCACCUGCUUUCCGUAUCCGUCACACUGGCUUCAUUGGUGACGUGUCGUCACUGGGAAUUGAAAGGAACUGUGUAUUCACUUGCUAUUUAAAAAAUAUAUAAUAUACAUCCAGCUCCUUCAAUGCAACUUAACAUUUAAUUAGCAUGCAACUUAUUUGCUCAUUUUCUUGAGCUCUUCUGGCUUUUAUAUGAACUUUACAUGGUGGACGGGCCACGAGACAGAUUUAAACACACAAAUCAUAGAUACAGUAAAGUUUUCUUUCAGAAGAUGUUCAUUUCGCAUUUUUGGAAGAAUUCUAUGGUGUCAGUUUUCCGACAUAGGAAAGUCCUCACCGUGUAGCAAAUAUAAAAACUAUGACGAAGCAAAACACUGUGCUUUAACAAGCAACGUUAGUAGUGCAGUAGUACAAGUGGAAUAGAACAUCUUCAGGACAAACCAUCGCAAUUAAACUGCACCAAAGACAUGAUUUACAACCGGAAGUAUCUCCAGUGACAUCUAUGAGAACUCGGGUUGAAUAUUUUGCACUGUGGCAUGAAUAGAGAUCAGGAAUUUUAAGAUGACACAAGCUUUAUUUAUGACUCCUGAACCCGUUCCAAGAUGCUCGCGUCUACACUGCUCGGAAACGUCUUUCAGAUAUGACAGGCCAGACAGGAAAUGAAGGCUGGUGCUUUUUUGAGAUUGAGAAAAAAAAAGUUCUUUUGCACAUUUAUUAUUUUUACUCUAAGUAGGAAGGAGGUUUAGAGGGUUAAAAAGUUCAUGCUCUAAUGUUUGAGAAACAAGAGCUGCCUCCUGAAGGGCUUUUUCUAAGUAGCCAACUCAAAGAAAAACGUUAAUCCUGGCAUUGUAGCUCCUGGUCCCUCUCCCGCCAGUCUGAACAGACUUUCUCUGGAGCAGAGGAGGCAGCCGAAAGGGACCAUCCGACGGGAAGUGUUUAAUUAGCAUCCCCUGCUCCUGUCUAAGAAGGAGGGCUUAAGCUUCUCGAGUCCUGCAGUCAGAGGAGCAUAGAGGUUCAUGCAGGACCCAGAGUGUGCGCAAGAGUGCUGAAGAUUGGGAGCUGCUGAGUGACGCUUAUACCACUGCAGCAUGCUGAUAUUUGUCUCCACCUCCUGCCUUUCAUUAUAAAUGAAGCUCACAAGGGGCACUGAGAGAAUUCUGAACAGGGGCACUGGUGCAACAGCAUUUAAGCUGCAGAGAAUUUGACACGUGGGGACGUGAAAGGCAACUGCUACAUUAAAAAAAAAAAAGAAAAAGAAGAAGCAGGAUGCUGAAAGCUGGGAUCUUCAUUUUAAGCUUCUUUUUGGCAUUCGGGGAAGGGUUUGUAGCCGGCAAGAGGUCAUAUCAGAUUCAGAACGGGCCGUGCAGCUACACGUUUUUGCUGCCCGAGCAGGAGGCAUGCCCUCCAGGUAGCUAUGGCAACCAGGUGCAAAAAGACGACGCGGAUGAAUACGAGGAGUCGCUACAGAGGCUGGAGCAGUUGGAGAACACCAUAGAGAACAACACUCAGUGGCUGCUCAAGCUGGAGAGUUACAUCCAAGAAAAGCUGAAGCAAGACCUGGUCCAACUCCAGCAGGACACCGUUCAGCACCAUGCAGCAGCCAUGAUCGAGAUCGGCACCAACAUCCUGAAUCACACGGCCGAGCAGACGCGAAAGCUCACCCAUGUUGAAGUACAGGUUAUAAACCAAACGACGCGGCUUGAACGUCAACUUCUUGAGAAUUCAAAGUCAACAAAUAAACUGGAGAAAGACAUGAUCCUGCAGACGAAUGAAAUAACCAAACUCAACAGCAAAAACAGCUUCUUGGAAAAGCGGAUGGAGGACAUGGAAGGCCAAAGGCAAGCGGAGCUGAAGAGCCUGCAGGAGGAGAAAGAGCAGCUGAAGAAGCUGGUGGAGAAGCAAACAGACACCAUUGAGGAACUGAAGCAGCAACUGCAGCGUGCCUCUGAAGAUAACCUGGCCAUGGAGCAACAGCAGCUUAAGCUGGAAGAAAUGGUCAACAACCUCAUUCAAAAUAUCAAGAACCCCACCUAUAAAUCAGCAAUGAUGCAGGACAUGCCCACAUUGUACAAAGACUGCGCUGCCAUCUUUAAAGCCGGAAACAAAGAAAGUGGAGUCUACACGCUUGCAAUCCCAGAUACGAAAGAACAAAUAAAAGCGUACUGCGACAUGGAAACCGAGGCAGGUGGAUGGACAAUAGUGCAGAAGCGAUUCAGCGGCGCCGUCGACUUCGAUCAGACGUGGAAAGAAUACAAAAUGGGGUUUGGAGAUGCUUCAGGUGAACACUGGCUGGGUAACGAGUACAUCUCCAAGCUGACCAAUGAGCAGCAGUAUGUGCUGAGGAUAGAGCUCACGGACUGGGACGGAAACACUGCUUUCUCUCAGUAUGAGGAAUUCUCCUUGAGCAAUGAAGAACAAAAAUACAGGAUACACCUUAAAGGCUACAGUGGAACUGCGGGUAAAAUCAGCAGCCUUGCCCAGCCAGGAAGUGAUUUUAGCACAAAGGAUGCAGACAAUGACAAAUGUGUUUGCAAGUGUUCACAGCUAACCACAGGAGGCUGGUGGUUUGACGCCUGCGGCCCUUCCAAUCUCAACGGUGUGUACUAUCAGCAGGGGCAGCACACCAGUCGCUUCAACGGUAUCAAGUGGUACUAUUGGAAAGGCUCUGGAUAUUCACUUAAAGCAACAACGAUUAUGAUAAGACCAGUGGAUUUCUGAGAAGACAUUGGUGCAGUAUUGAGGCAAAGUGAUACAAGAUACUUUUAGAGGGUGUUAAAAAAACCUUUAUCUACAAGUCGAGGAAGAAAAGCCUGCAAAGAAGAAAGCACUUGAAAGAAACUUACAGAUUUAACACAACGUAUUAAAUCAGUAAGAACAUGUGAGAAACAUGUAUAAAAAAAUUUAAAAUUGAAAAAAGAAUUUUUAGGAUGCAGCACAAAGUACGGAUAAGUGCUGUUGAAGAAACCCUGCAUUGGACGUGGACCUACGGGACUUAAAUGGGGUUGCUAUUGUUCCAUAUGCGAAACCACAUAAUGGCAUCGAAUGCAUUAUUAUUAUUUCUGAACAUCUUGUUUAUAUACAGCUUUUACUUUGAUAAAGUUUGAAGAUAGAAAAUGCAACUAUGGUACAAAGGUAACAAAACACUAACAAAGCAAAUGGUAAAAGUCGUCCUUUUGUUUACAGCUGUUUAGUGAUUUGAAUAUUUUGUAAUUUUAGUACUAUUUGCAAUUCUUAAUAUAUUUCUGAAAGACAAAUUUCCCAGACUUUUCUUUUUUUAUGUAUAGAUAUAUAGAUAUAUAUAUUUUGCACAGGAUUUGCCUCUUUGUAUAUUUCAAACCUACCUUUACAGCCAUUUGAAAUAAGCAAAAAUAAGUUUUAGCAUAAUAAAAAGAGCGGAAAGAGAACUGUUUCUUUCUGUAUAGAGACUGCAAAGUAAUACAGUAUUGCAAUUCUGCUAUGUUUUUUUUUUUAUCAUUUAUUACAUGACAACUCAUCAUACUAGCAAAACCAAAUCUUCAGCUAAGUUGCCAAAAGGACUUGAUGUAAUAGGUUGUAAUUACACUAUACACUGCUGAGGCAUCAAUUCCUAUUUAUUUAUUUUCUUAAGUUACACACACUUUUGCAUUGAAAUUUAUUUUGGUUAAAACCUUAUUGCAAUUUGUUUGUUGUAUUUUUUUUCCAAUGACAUUUUUUAAGGCAACAUGGAUAUAAAUUCUUAAUUACAUGGCAACAUUGUUUAACAAGUUUUAAUUAAUAAAAUCUGACUGAGCAGUUUUGGGGAUAUUUAUUUGUAUUAUACAUGCUUAAUAGUGUACUUUAAAAGGUGUUUGACAAAAUGUCAUUAAAAAAAUGUUACAUGUACAA